AUGAAAAAAGUGAGCAAUGGGAGCAGAUUAUAUGUAGGAAAUAUACCUGGUUCUGCAACAAAACAGGAAAUAAUUAAAAUUUUUGAAGAACAUGGAAAAAUAUCAGAUAUUGAUAUAAAAUAUAACAGAAAUAGUAAUGGGACAAACUAUGCAUUUAUUGAAUAUGAAAAUCCCAAAAGUGCUGAGAAAACAAUUUUGAAAAGAAAUGGAAAGAAGUUUAAAGGAUAUAUGUUAAAAGUUGAGUAUAGCAUUGAAAAAAAGAAUAAAGAGGCAAACGAUUUCAAUAGAUCUCAAUACAGAGUUGUUGUAAAAAAUUUACCCAAAGUUUUAAAAUGGAAAUCAAUAAAAGAAUUUUUAUCAAAAGCAGGUAAACUUAUUUAUACACAUGCUGAGAAUGGUAUAACAAUAGCAGAAUAUGAAGACAAGGAAAGUAUGCUAAAAGCCGUUAACACAUUAGAUAGAAUAAUUUACAAUUCCAAAAAAAAAAUGUAUGUAAGAGUUCUUAAAGACAUACCUUAUGAUGAAUCAGACAUUGAUGAUAAUAUAGAAUAUAAUUUUUCUCCUUUUAACAAAAAUGAUAACUUAAAUAAAAAAUUUAAUUUUUUUUCAUCUAGUACUUCAGCAAAAGUUAAUAAUUACAAUGAUAUAAUAGAUGAUAAUAGUAAUAAUAACAGUAACAAUAAUAAUGCAACAAUUAAAAAAAAUAAACAAAAUUGUGGAUACAGUACAAAUAAAAAUGUAAAGUAUGAAUCUUUUAAAGAAAAGAAUUAA